AUGCUGCCCGCCUCCCUGGAUGAUGCUCACAGAGACGAGUGUGCGGACGACAAGAGUCUCACCAGGCCGCCCCCAGCACUUCUGGAGGAGGCACAACGCCUGCAUCUGGAGUUGUCUUCCUCACGCGUGGCUUUUACUCUUUCCAACUCCCUCGUGCAAUUUCUUUCACCGCUGCAGCUGCAAGGCUUUGCGUCACGGCUUAUCGAGUCGUGUGGUGUGCACCACAUGGAUGAACUCGCCGCUCGAGUGACCUGCGAAGACGACGUUGAGGAGCUUCUCGGCUCCCAUGCUUCGCUGCAGCAGCGCCGCGAGCUGUGGAAGGGGGUAUGCAAGUGGAAGCGAACGGCUGGGAAGCGGGCGCGCGAGCCAACAAAGAAGUCUGACAAGAAGAAGGCGCUUACGGGCGGCAACUCUCGCGACGCUGAGGUCGUGCCAGGGCGGGUUCAAGGUUCGACGACAGGGCGGUUGUUAGAUUUGGAUAAAUGCACACCCUCGCAGUUUAUGCGACAGUUUGCUUUUUGCGGUCAUCAAGACGCUGAAAUCGAUGCGGUAACGCGGCCAUCCACGGAAGUAUGCGGCAAGAGCGCCGUCGAAUCCGUGACAGGGGAGGCGGAUGGUGGUUCUGCAACAGCGGCGCUGAUGGCGUCUCUGGAGGCGUCUCCCUGCUCCUUCUCGUGGGCAUCCUCAGUGAGUCCGUUGGGCGGCACGCCUUUUCGCGCAGAGAAGCGGUAUCGUCGUGAGGAGUUGCCCAUUUCAGCUCUUUCCGUGGGGCCUGGGAUGACAGUCGCAGGGGAAAAUGAGUUUGAAGAGGGGGGAGGCGGGUGCGAAGAUGAUGCGCGGCAGCAAAAUUUGCUUCCCUCCGCGGUGCCCUUGGAGACAGAGGGUGAAGCGGUCGACGUUCGACAACCCAUUGAGGAGUGCUCUGCAGAGUAUGAGGUAAUGCGGAAGGCGAUGUGUGUGGCGCUGAGCAACGCAGUCGCAACCUACAAUGCAAGACUUGGGGCGCUGCAGGAGCGGCUUCGCACGGUACUUGCUGCAGCAGCGGGGAAGAGGCGGCGUGACCCGUGUGACAGUGGCGUUUUCGUGGCUCUGGAAAAGGCGGUCAGGCUAGAGAGGGAACCUCCGCUGCGUCUCGAGAUGCAUCCCGCGGGGCCCCAGCAGGCAGGGAGCGUGUCAUUCCCCUCGCACGUGCCCCAACAAUGUCCAGAAAGGGCGCAGUCCGCGAAAAACGAGUGUGACGGUUUGAGUGCUAGUGGUGGUGGCAAUCCGGAGUUGUGCGAGGUUGCAGCGCGGCUUGAGCCAAGUGGCAUCCAGCUGCAUCCGACUUUGAUGCUAAACGCAACCGUCGUCUCUUCUCCCUCUGGCAACGUGGGCGAGGAUGCGCUGCCCAGCCUCAGCGACAUGACUUCCCCCAGCAGAGGAAGUUACCGGCGUACGGAAGGGCUGACGCUAGAAGAACCUGCGCGGCGGUGUACGGCAACUUUGCACGUCCCUCCCCGGGCGAUGUCGGGGCUCGCCACAAAUGACACUUCUCAGGGUGUUCCCGCUGCCUUCUCUCUUGAUGAGGAGAGUACGGUGCCUCUCACGGCCAACCUGGGGCAGCAUGUGAGCAUCGCUGACGUUGCCGCUGUGUGUAACGAAAGCAGCGGUAGUGAAGAGGAAUUACUGCCACGCCCAUCGGCGGUGAGGGCAUCACCUCCUUUGCUUGGAGGCGCCACUGCGGAUGUGACGCGUCGCGAGCCUCUUGAGACACGUGGUACAAUUUUGCUGGAUGAUUUUGGUUUGCAAGCUAUUCCCAAUGAAGUGACGCAUUCGUCUCUCAGCCGCGCUGCGCCGCCUGCGUCUGCAGGUGAGUUGUCCAUGGGCGACGGUAAUUUACCUUCCACGGCGGCUGAAACGCAGGUGAUCGAUGUAGAUGCACUCUCUUCCUUGGAGAGCGGCACGAACGAGGGGUGUUUGCCACACAGACGGCAGGAGGAUAUUGAUGCCAUUCCUGUGGAUGACUGUAGUGACCAGCUUUCGGCACACAGCAGUCCCAUGGCGUUACAAGGUUGCUCGUCACAAGAGGAGCACAUAUGGAUGUGUUCACAGCUGCCCCGCGAGCGUCAGCGGGCCGUUUCGCGGAGCGCUUCCUUGUCCCCUCCUCAAGCGUCAGGGAAUGCCUUUAUGGAUUCCCUUUCCAUGUCCGUGGGCAACUGCGCCAGAGGACUGGAUUGGACAACCCAGACUAGCAUCGCCGCGGAUGCGCGGGACCUGCCUCCAAAACCUCGCCCGGAUGGAGACAGAGCAGGUUCGAUGAAUAGCGAUGAGCAUCAGCUGGGUGGAAAAGCUACCGUGUCAGUGACGUCGGAGAGAGCUUUUUCACCUCCGCGUUCAUUAGCCCCUGCAGGGUUGCCACCAAUGCCAUCAAGGAGCUUGAUGAAUACGACUCUGCCGGAUGCUCCAGAGUCACUGAACGACACUGUCGAGGAGUUAACGACGGAGGGAGUUAUGAGCAUGAGUUAUGAGAUGCUGCGCCAGUGGUGCCUGCGUCUUGGUUUGCGUCUUCUCUGCGACGAGACCUACGCGACGGAUGCGGGGGAGAAGGAGUCGUGCGACGCCACGCGCAUGGAGAUCUCUGAGCAGGAGGAUAGCCGUGGCUUCACUUUUACGCAGGGAGAAAACAGUAACGGAUGGUGGUUAGAUGACGGCGGUGCGGACAUCAACGAGGGUGAGCUCGACGCACUAGACGGAGAUCGUCUUUCACGUUCGCCACAGCGGCAGCACCCAAGUUGGGAGGGAAGUGGCACAACGACCCCACUACCGCUCACACCGGGAAUUGAUACAGGCGAAGCCGAGUGGCGGGAUCUUCAACGGGCGGCGCUGAUUGAGCAAAUGCGGGAGGCACUGCGGCUGUUUAUUACACGCCGACAGUUUAUGUUUGAGGUUGCGCCCUUCUUCUUUCACCGUCUGCCGAGGUUUUCUGGUGGAGAUUCCUACAAGCCCGUGCGAGCGGCGGACUUGGUCAGGAAACAGUUGGCGUUGACCCGUCAAGAGUUAGAGGAGCAGCGCCGAUUGGCGAAGAUGAUGGAGGCUGAGGAGGUGGCCUGUUGCGUGAUCACCGGUCUCGCGGCAGAGGCGGCGGAGAGCAUAGAGCGGCAGGCAGUGCUUCCUGCGAAGGGCCAAGAGGUUGCUACGGGUCAAGGUGUGGAUCCUGCGUCAGCGUCCGUGCGAAGUCGCUCUCCACAGAGAACAUGCAACGCGGCCUACCCAGGGAUGAUCCCUGUGUAUGAGCAGCUGUUGCUGAUGGAGCCCAUCGAUGUUCAGGUGGCGACGAGUGUCGUGCAGGCCGACUUUCCGCACGUGUCUCGACAUCGCGUGGAGGCCCUUCUUGAGGAGAGCGGGAUCCCACUUGACAUGUCACGUCGUGUGUGCAACAGCCAGAGCGAUGGCGGUGGGGAGUUGAAUGCGACGCAGCGCUCGGCUUCGUCGUGUUCACCGCCGCCGGGCUCACCGAUAGGUUUGACACAAACAGGGCCGAUAGCAAGUGCUCAAGAAAGUAAAAGACGCUUUUUUGCCCAGAGGGGCUGGGCGCAGCGAAGGAGAAACCGGUAA